CAGCGCUUUGCUUCAUUCUCAGUUUGGAAGGCGUCCUGAUCUGCUGUGUCCAAGCUCGAGUGGAUUUAUCUGAUCAAACUACAAGCUUGCAUUAAUUUAUUAACUGCUAAAUCUUUUCUGCUUUUUGUGGAAUUUGCCGAAUCUUUUGCAUCAAAAUGCGUGAAUGUAUCUCCGUGCACGUCGGCCAAGCUGGUGUCCAGAUUGGUAACGCCUGCUGGGAACUGUACUGUUUGGAGCAUGGAAUUCAACCCGAUGGUCAGAUGCCAUCGGACAAGACCAUCGGAGGUGGUGAUGACUCGUUCAACACCUUCUUCAGCGAGACUGGAGCCGGUAAGCACGUGCCCCGUGCCGUUUUCGUCGAUCUGGAACCAACCGUAGUCGAUGAGGUCCGCACCGGAACCUACCGUCAAUUGUUCCACCCCGAGCAGUUGAUCACUGGAAAGGAAGAUGCCGCCAACAACUACGCUCGUGGCCACUACACCAUUGGCAAGGAAAUCGUCGAUCUGGUUCUGGACCGCGUCCGUAAGCUGGCUGACCAAUGUACCGGUCUGCAGGGAUUCCUGAUCUUCCACUCGUUCGGUGGAGGUACCGGAUCCGGUUUCACCUCGCUGUUGAUGGAGCGUCUUUCGGUUGAUUAUGGCAAGAAGUCGAAGCUGGAAUUCGCGAUCUACCCAGCUCCUCAGGUUUCAACCGCCGUCGUUGAACCUUACAACUCUAUUCUGACCACCCACACCACCCUGGAACACUCGGAUUGUGCCUUCAUGGUCGACAAUGAAGCAAUAUAUGAUAUCUGCCGUCGCAACUUGGAUAUUGAACGUCCAACCUACACCAACCUUAACCGUCUGAUUGGUCAGAUUGUUUCCUCCAUUACUGCUUCGCUGCGUUUCGAUGGUGCCCUGAACGUCGAUCUGACUGAGUUCCAGACCAACUUGGUGCCGUACCCACGUAUCCACUUCCCGCUGGUCACCUAUGCCCCGGUCAUCUCGGCCGAGAAGGCCUACCACGAGCAGCUGUCGGUGGCUGAAAUCACCAACGCUUGCUUCGAACCGGCCAACCAGAUGGUCAAGUGUGACCCACGUCACGGCAAGUAUAUGGCCUGUUGUAUGUUGUACCGUGGUGACGUUGUCCCCAAGGACGUCAAUGCUGCUAUCGCGACCAUCAAGACCAAGCGUACCAUCCAAUUCGUCGACUGGUGCCCAACCGGUUUCAAGGUUGGUAUCAACUACCAGCCACCAACCGUCGUUCCAGGUGGUGAUCUCGCCAAGGUUCAGCGUGCCGUAUGCAUGUUGUCCAACACCACCGCCAUCGCCGAAGCCUGGGCCCGUCUGGAUCAUAAGUUCGAUCUGAUGUACGCCAAGCGCGCCUUCGUCCACUGGUACGUCGGUGAAGGUAUGGAGGAAGGUGAAUUCUCCGAAGCCCGUGAGGAUUUGGCUGCCCUCGAGAAGGAUUACGAGGAAGUCGGCAUGGAUUCCGGUGAGGGCGAGGGUGAAGGCGCUGAGGAAUACUAGAAAGCUGAUUCGUUGAACUACCGUUACGAAGUCAAACCGAACCACACACAACAUCAUGCACCAUUUUUUCUCGCUAUUCAACAGUGACGCUAUUUCUCCAUUUUGAUAGCAUAGUUCAAAAUUCCCAGAAAUAAACACAGCAAUGAAAAGAAGCAUGAA